AUGCCUUCGUCGAACCAGCCCACAAACAUGACAACGACGAAUGCGACACAGCUGAAUGAGGGAAGCAGUACCAUCACAAACCAAAGGAACAACAAGGAAACAACGACAGUCCAACAUCAUCAUUCUUCUGGUAACACCAUGAUGGAGGUAGAUACAAGAGGUAAUACGGGAGGAUUGGGAAGUAGAAAGUUUUCAUCCACGGAAUCUUCAAAGCAGGAGGAAAGAGCAGUAGCAUCGGGUAGAGAGCCAGAGGCUCAUCAUCACCAACACAGGAAGACACAAGAAAGUGGAGAGGUAACCACGAAUGUUGAUAGAAGGAGUUCAACCUCUGCUCAUCCACAGCAUCAGCAACAACAACAAUCGUCUUUACGUGAUCAGCACCAAGGAGGAGUUGCACACGACCAUCAUCAGAACUCUCGCCGACACAGCAACCCUAACGGAAGGUAUUACAAGAGCCAAAAUCCUUCCUCAUCAUCAUCCUCGGCAAGCUACAAGCCUCAACAACCACAACAUCAUUCGAGCGUUAGCAGCAACAGCACUACGAAUAACCCUUUAACAUCAUCAUCAACAGUGUCGGCAUCCUCCUCCUCUCAUCAUCACCCUCCAGUUGCAUCUGCUACUUUGUCUGGCAGCACUACCAACGGACCAAAGCAACCUGUGGAGAGUUCAACUGCUUCAUCACGAAGUACUUCCAACAAUAUUAAUAAUACCAAUAAUAAUAAUAAUAUAAAGAUCAACACUAAUCAACAACAUGUUGUUGCUUCUACGUCUGCAACUCCGGCUUCAUCAUCAUCACGUGUGCAAAACAUUAAUACCACCAAACCUAACGGUGGUCAUAUUAAACCUCCAAACUCUAUUACAACAACACCAACAACCACUCCAUCGACACCAACAACUCCAAAUAUGUCUAUCCCAAGACCUCCAAAAUCAUCUCCUCGCUUUGGAAAUCCUCUAUCCGAUCGAUUUCAUCAUAUUGAAAAAGACAUUAGCAAAACAUUCCAAAAGCAAGAAAAGUUGGGUGAAGGAACAUAUGGUGAGGUUCAUAAAGGCAUUGAUAAACGUGACAAUAGCGUGGUGGCUAUUAAGAAGAUUAGAAUUGAUCCUCAAAGAGAAAAAGAGGGCUUUCCAAUCACUUCCAUUCGGGAAAUACGUGCUCUCAAGGAUUUGGAUCACGUCAACAUUGUUAAACUGUACGAUGUUACUUGGAAUCAGAAGGGAACAUUCUACUUGGUGUUUGAAUUCGUCGAACAUGAUCUUGCUGGACUGAAUGGAAAGGGUCACAGAUUUGACGAAGACGAAUUGCGAUGCAUCAUGUAUCAGCUUUUAUCUGCCCUCGAUUAUUGCCAUGCUCGGGAUGUCAUGCAUCGAGACUUGAAAGCAUCCAAUGUGCUCAUCAAGAAGGAUGGAACUUUAAAGCUUGCCGAUUUUGGGCUUUCGAGAGUUUUUCACAGAAACAAGCAACAAGAAUAUACCAAUCGAGUGGUCACUCGUUGGUAUAGGCCUCCUGAAUUACUGUUAGGAGCGACCGCCUAUGAUGCUUCUAUUGACAUGUGGUCAGUUGGUUGCAUUCUUGGUGAAAUGCUACUCCCUUUUGCUGGUGAAAAGGAACCUAAGGCUCUCUUUCCAGGAGCAUCCGAUCCGGAUCAAUUAGAGAAGAUUUUCGGUUGGUGUGGAACCCCAUCUGUGGAAGAUUGGCCCGAAGUUGAAAAACUACCUCAUUGGAAAUCUCUCAAACCUCAAGAACCAAAAAAAGAGGAGAAUUCUGGAUCGAUUUGCAAAUUUGAAAUGCUCACCAAAACAAGUGACAGCUUGAAUCAUGAUUGGUUUUGGGAACGAGGAAAGAAUCCCAAGAAUUGCAAACCAAAAGGUUUACCCUCUCGCUCAUACAAUGAACUUUCAACAAGAAAGAAGGAUGAUCAUCGACCAGAUGCUCCCUCACAUCAUUUAAUUCCUUCCACUGUGCAUCCACUUUCUGGUGUUCCUGCAUCGCAUCAUCAUCACCACCAUCACUCCCAUGGAGCAUCUACUAAGGUGGCAUCGGCAGCAGUGGCAUCUUCCUCUUCAUCCUCAUCAUCGGCUGGACAUCAUUAUCAACCACCACCUCCACCUCCUCCUCCACCACCUCCAUUCUCCUCAUCAUCUUCUUCGUCACACCAUUACCAUUCGAGUGGUAGUAGACAUUCUUACCAUCCUUCUUCGUCACAGCAACAACAACCACAUUAUCACCAUCAUCGUUCGCAUUAUUCUUCGUCACAUAAUGAUGGACGAUCAGGCAGUAGCAGCGGUGGUGGUGGAUAUCAUCAUGGUGGUAGCAGUAGUAGUAGUGGACAACAGCACUACCAUCCACAGCAAGGUGAUGGCCAUCAUUCCUCUCACUCGGGACGUUAUUCUGAGAGUGGUAAUAACCCCAGAUCAAUAACGACACACCACGAUGCUCCUUCAAGAAGUAGUUGUCUGGUUCCACCCUCCAAGAAAGUCAAGUAUUAA